UAAUUUCUCUCUCUCUACUUCCACUUUCUGUUUUACUCGUCAGAUAAAAACACUGUGCAGGUUAAACAGGAUCUAAAGAAGUAUAAAUUAGAAUUCACUAAGCACAACAAGAAGAGUCAGUCUGAUGGUGCAUCUUCAUACAGUCUUUCAGCUUCUCUUUACGUUACAAGUGACCAUAAAACCAGAUACCAGCGUAAUAUCUAGAAGUCUGAACUUCCUGUUAUGGAGCAAAAUCACAGCACAGAAUCCAGCAGUGGAGUUGGCUUUGUGUUCAUUUGUCAGCAAAUGCUGGCGUGUCUCGUGAUUGUGGGAUUACUGCUUCUUUUCCCGUUUGCUGUCAUUGGGCUCCUUAUUGUCUAUCCAGUAGUAACGUUCUGCACUGCUACUGUCUUUAGGACUCAGCUGGUUGUUGGAAUUUUCUCUCGUUCAUCAGCAGAAGAAUAUUCUUGGUUCACAAAUCAGCUGAGAUCGCAAACUUUUCAAAGUUUUGUAAAGGAAAUAAGACCUUUCUACAUAUCCAACAAUAAGAAGCCUGAGUUCAGGAAUGAAGUUCAGCAAUGCAAUUUUGCUAUCCUCUAUCAUACUAAAAAUCGAGGGAGGAUUAACAUAACAAAUGUAACAGACUCAUUGUAUGACCAUGAGCUGAACUAUAUGUUUGGUAUACUAGGUAGACCGAAUGUAAUUGUCUUGAUUGAUGACCUGGAUCAGUGCAGCACCGAUGAAAAAUUGCGCAUCCUAAAUGAACAACCUGACAUUCAGACAUUUGCCCAUGAACUCUUCCUUUUCAGCACAGGGGAGAAGAAGGUGAUAACCGGAGUCAGUGAAAAAAUGAUGGAGAUCAGAGAUGUCAUGUUGGGACAGAGGGCUUUCAGCAAUCCACUCAGAGAUAUAAACAUCUUAGAAUAUUUGAUGAAAAUGGCUCGCUGGCUCAAAAAUGUCAUAUCCAAUAUGAUAUCGGCACCAGUAACGUGUUGUCAACAAUGUCUUUCAGAUUCUGUCCAGACCCGUCAGUACAGAAGUUCCAGCCUUUCUGAGGCAUUGCUUCCCUGAGGAAAAACCAGAUGGGUUUAAAUAAGAAAAUAUUUAAUCUACAAAGGAAACCUGUGAAAGAUGAAGACUGACAGAAAGUGAUGUGGAGCCAGAUAAAAUGUUUUUCUCAUGAAGUUUUGUGACUGUCACCAUCUGUGGGCUGGAUCCAAUAAACGUUGCUAUGAAUGUGUCGUUAUAAAAAAAUAAAAUGACAAUUUUCAGAUUGACUUAAUAGAA